UUUUUUACCUUUUUAAAUUGAUUUUUUGUUUUACUAAUUUUCACGCGGGCCUUAGACACUGUGAACGCGUAUGGCGCUCUGGAUCCAAAUGGGAGUUGGCAGUUUGAGUGGCAUCUUCCAAGGCAGCCGGGAGACCCCCACUAAGAGGAAGGACUGAGGCGUUUUGCGUUUCUUUUUACUAUUGCUGUUACUUCGGAGAUAGCUUGGAUCUGACCUCACAGGAGAUAUUCCUACAUGCGAGUGGCAUACAUGACUCAGUAGAUCUGCUUGCAGCUCUCGCCAAGUGCAUCGUCGACUCUUACUGUGUGUUUGUUUUUUGGUUUUUUUUUUUGUUGUUGUUGUUUUUUUUUUUUAUGUUUUAAAUUUUUUUUUCCCUGUCAAUCUUCCCGGCUGUUGGGAUACCGGGCACCCACCCUGCUGUUGCUGCUCAGGUGCGUGGGAAGGCGCACGGCGGAGUUGGCGAGGCUCCGGGGAGGGACUCGGUGCCGCCUGCGACCAUGGCAGCGCGGAGGCGAGAUGCCUCCGCCUGGAAGUACUGCUGGGGAGCCGUGAUGGUUUUAUGCAGAACUGCACUGGCGCGGUCCAUCGUUUUAGACCCCAUAUAUUGGAAUUCCUCUAACCCCAAAUUCCUUCCUGGACAAGGAUUGGUACUAUAUCCACAGAUAGGAGACAAACUGGAUAUUAUAUGCCCAAAGGUGGACUCUAAAACUGUUGGCCAGUAUGAAUAUUAUAAGGUCUACAUGGUUGAUAAAGACCAAGCAGAUAGCUGUGCUAUUAAAAAGGACAAUACACCUCUGCUUAACUGUGCCAAGCCAGAUCAAGAUGUUAAGUUUACCAUCAAGUUUCAAGAGUUCAGUCCUAAUCUCUGGGGCCUGGAAUUUCAGAAGAACAAAGAUUAUUACGUCAUAUCAACAUCAAAUGGGUCUUUGGAGGGCCUGGAUAACCAGGAGGGAGGGGUGUGCCAGACAAAAACCAUGAAGAUCCUCAUGAAAGUUGGACAAGAUCCCAACUCGGCAGGGCAGCCCCGGCACACGGAUCCCACCAAGCGCCCCGAGCAGGAAGCUGGCACCAACGGGAAGAGUUCCACCACCAGCCCCUUUGUGAAGGACCACUCAGGAUCUAGCACAGAUGGCAGUAAGGCUGGGCAUUCCAGUAUACUGGGUUCAGAGGUGGCCUUAUUUGCAGGGAUUGCAUCAGGGUGCAUCAUUUUCAUCGUCAUCAUCAUCACUUUGGUGGUUCUUUUGUUGAAGUACCGGAGAAGACACAGGAAGCAUUCCCCGCAACACACGACAACUCUAUCACUUAGUACGUUAGCCACCCCAAAACGCAGUGGCAACAACAAUGGUUCUGAGCCCAGUGACAUUAUCAUUCCUCUAAGGACUGCAGACAGUGUCUUUUGCCCCCACUAUGAAAAGGUCAGCGGCGACUAUGGACAUCCGGUGUACAUAGUUCAAGAGAUGCCUCCUCAGAGUCCAGCAAACAUUUAUUACAAGGUCUGA